AUAAUUAAGGUGACUUUAUAGGGUUCGUGUUUGCAAACAUUGCUUGGCAUCCAAAAAAGUAAAUGCUCGUUUUACUUUAUUUACUUCUUGCUAUUAUUAUUUUUUUAUGAUACUAGGAUACCUUUUUUUAUGUUCCAUUAAGGGUUUCAAAAUGCACAGCUAUGCUAAAAGUUAUUGCCCCAUACAGAAUGGAGUGCAAGGCAUUUGCUUCUUGUACUCAUUUUCUAUCUUGAAGUUCCAUUCAUGUAUAUUUUGGUUUUUUCACUUUAGGUUAGUACAGAAUGUUGGUGAAUUUGUUGUGACUUUCCUGAGGGCAUACCAUGCAGGAUUCAGCCACAUGAGUUGCUUACAUUUUCUUUAUACUUUUUACCUUCUGCUAGAAUUUUAAGGAUACUAUGGUGUUAUAACUUCUAACAGCCAAUAGGUAUGCAUACUCAUUGCAUUUUUAUCAAUAACUAAACCAGAACUUGGAAAUUGUACAAAAGUUUGUGUGAAUGUCUCUUUAUUUUCCCAUUAAAAUAAGUCACUUUUGUUCCACCCUUCCUCUUGUUCUUAAUUUUCCAUUAAGAAUCUUUUUUUGUUCCAAAUUAGGUUUUAAUUAUGGGGAAGCUACAAAUUUUGGAACUCCACGAUGGCUUCAAGUAGCUAAAGAAGCUGCGGUACGGAGAGCCUCUAUGAACCAUCUUCUUAUGCUUUCUCAUCAGCAGCUGCUAUAUGUGUUGACCAUGUCUUUUGUUUUAAGGUUAGUUGUUGGUAUACUAAUGGAAAAUAAAGAAUGUAUUUAGAAUAUUGGUAGGUAUAAUUUCUUUUAAAGAUCUAUACUGAUGUUGUACUUAGAUGACAGUAAUUAAAGAUCUACAAUUUCUUUUAAAGAUCUAUGCUGAAAUUCUUGCUUUUUGUACCCAGAUGAAAGUAAUGGUUAGUGUGGUUUAUAUUUUUUGAUGAAAAGAUUUAAAGUAGUUAUGUUUUGUGGUUCCAAUAAAAGAAUGGAUUGCAG